UCCGCCUCCUGCUGCCGCUGCCGGCGGCGCGGGGAGCGGCCGGGAGCCCGGUUCUGGCCCCGGUCCCGCUGGAGCGGCGCCGUGAGGGGUGGGGUGAGGUGAGGCGAGGCGGGGCCGCGAUGAGCCGCAGCGAGGGCUCGGGCGGCACCCGCCGCCGCGUCCUGCAGGUGAAGUUCGUGCCCGACGAGGAGGUCCUGAAGCACAUCGCCGACGACACAGGUAUCAAAGUACGGAAGGACAAGCCUCAGCCGAGUAUCAAUUUGAAGAGAUUUGUGAAGAAACUUGAGAAUAUUUCAGAUGAUGAAGCUCAGGAGAUCCUAGAAGAGAAGAACUAUGUUGCUACUCUUGGAAUAUGUAACCAAGAUCCAAUGGGAAAUGGCACAAGUGUAAGUGGUGGUGAAGUUUAUUCAUUUCAGACUCCCAAACGCUCCAGUAAAAUGGCAGAGCUGGCCUCUGAAUUAGCCCACACACCAGAACAGAGUGUGGCACCUGAUCACUCCAAGGGCCCUGGGAAGACAGCAAAGACACCUCAAAGUAGCAAACAUUCAAGUUCAAACAAAGAGCAGCUGAGGAGCAAAAAGAAAGAAUUUGUGUCAACCACACCUUACAGGCUCAGAAAGAGGCUAGCAGCUCCAGAUUCCUAUUUAGAAAGUGAGAGUGAAUAUUCUGCUUCCUGCUCAGAGGAGGAGGAUGAAGAAGAUCAGCAAGAAGUCAGCACUGUUUUAUCAGGUCAAAAGGCCCCAGCAAAAACUAAGGCUGCACCUACACCUCCUCCCAGAAACAGCCUAGCCAAAAAAAAUAAGGAGGAAAAGAUGAGCAACCUGAUGGAAGAAUACUUUGAAGCUCACAGUAGUUCCAAAGUGCUCACUUCAGACCGAACGCUGCAGAAGUUGCGGAAAAGAAGGUUGAAUCAGGAAACACUGCGUGAUCUUCUGACAAAAGCUCCCCUUGCCUAUGCUGCUGAAAUUAAAGAACUUAACCAGAAACAUGAAUCCUUGUUUUCCAAGUGGAUGCUGCAAUUACACUUGGGUUUCAAUAUCGUGCUGUAUGGACUGGGCUCAAAGCGUGAUUUGUUGGAGAAGUUUCGUACGUCUCUGCUCCAGGAUUCUGUUCACCUUGUGGUUAAUGGAUACUUCCCCAGCAUCACUGUGAGAUCUAUUCUCAACUCCAUCACAGAGGAGGUAUUGGAUCAUAUAGGAACCUUCCGCAGCCCCCUUGACCAGCUUGAAUUCAUUACUAAAAGGUUUAAAGAAGAUUCAUCUUUAGAGCUCUAUGUCCUCAUUCAUAACCUGGACAGCCAGAUGUUGAGAGGAGAAAGAAGUCAGCAGAUCCUUGCACAGCUGUCAUCUCUGCCCAGCAUUUACCUCAUUGCCUCUAUUGAUCACAUCAAUGCUCCUCUCAUGUGGGAUCAGGCAAAGCUGAGUCUCUAUAACUGGCUUUGGUAUGAAACAACCACAUUUAGUCCUUACGUGGAAGAAACAUCUUAUGAGAAUUCGCUUUUAGUACAACAGUCUGGAUCUUUGGCUUUGAGCUCCCUCACACAUGUCCUGCGCAGUCUCACUCCCAAUGCCAGGGGGAUAUUCAGAUUGCUUGCUCAGUACCAGCUGGAGAAAAAGGACAACCCAUCUUACCCAGGGCUGUCUUUCCAAGACUUUUACCAGCAGUGUCGGGAGGCUUUCCUUGUGAACAGUGACUUGACACUCAGGGCACAGCUGACAGAAUUCAGGGACCACAAGCUCAUCCGGACCAAGCGGGGAGCUGAUGGUGUGGAAUACUUAUUAAUUCCUGUGGAUGACAGUACCUUGACCGACUUCUUAGAGAACCAGGAUGAAGAUGUGUAAUGUCUCUGUGUUCUCAAAAGCAUCUAUGGCAAAUGCUCUCAAGGGCUGCUGGAGAGGGGCCUAUACUCAGAUCUCUCUUCCUCCAACCCCACGGCUGCUGGACUGAAAAGUGUUAAUUCUAAUGAGCCAUGCUCAUUGUUCAGGUGGUUUGGAAUGAUGACUUCUGUAAGCACAGCAUCUCUUGUGCUGUAGCUGGAUUUGUCUGCUUUGUCUCUUAGCUCAGAUAACGCCACUUUCAUAUCUGUGCAGCCACUCUUACAGCCAGAAAAGCAAACUCAGUAAGACUGUGCCUUCUGCUCUCUACCUCACCAGACAUGAGGGUUUGAUUGGAGCAAUGUACUUGGGAAGGGCAAGUCACAAGAUGGUCACGGCUUUAGUUUGUACUCAUGGUGCAACUUUUGUCAGCUGAGUGCUUUCCAGUACUCCUUUACCAUUUAGACAAAGUUAGCUUCCAGUGUAUGAAGAAGCCAAGAUUUAAAUUGCUAGGAGACCUACCUUGAUUGCAUGAGGAAAGGAGAAUACUAGUGGGUUUGGGAUGCUGUGGGUAACUUACUAAAUUCUGACAACAGAACUGAAGGACUUGCCCCAGACCUACAUCCUUUUAUAAGAAGAUUUAGAUGAUCUAAAUUGUGAUAGACUCACGUCAUUACCUGCUAUUUUCCAAGGUGCAAUCCAGAAAUAUGAAAAGGCUGUGAAGCUUUUUUUGUUUAUUUUUUUAAAGCUUGAUUGUAUAUUUGUAUUUUUUACGUCAGGAGUGUCCGUUGAUCCUGAAGGAGGCCUUAAAUGCCACUUAUAAGCUCUCCCUUUUUUUAAGCCCUUAGGAGGCUGGGAGACUGCUGAAGUUGGACAUCUUCACUUUUUUUUUCUCAGUUAUGUGGGAGGAAAAUCUAUAGUUCCGUCAACUGUAUUCUGCCAGCCAGACACUUCAGGGAUUCUGUACGUUUAACAUUUGGUUACAGCUGUUACAGCUCAGUGUUGUAAUAGUUUAGACUAUCAAAUAAAGUACUUUAUUAAUUUUCAUUAGCUUGUCUUGUCUUCCACAAUCUUUUUAUGAUAUAGGAAGAUAGAGAUCCUUGUGGCAAUUGUGCAAAAGCCUCAUUUUCAUUACUAUGUCAAAUAUCUGAGCAAAUCCUCAUACAGCGGGCAGAAGAUUUCAAACUAGUUAGUAAAAAUACUUUACAUUGUUUCUUAUAAGGUAUCAAAAUUAAGAAUGGUUUCCCUGCCUUUUAAUACCACUGUAUAGCUUUUGAAGAGAACCAAAACAUCCCAUGGAGUAAUAAGUUACCUCAUCUGCCCCUCACUUACAGGAGCAACAGAGAGGUACAGCCAGACUUUUGUUUGUAUUAGAAAAAUCAGGGCAUCUGCUUAUCCCACUAUCAACUUGAUUCUUCAUUAUAGGUCCUUAUUAGCUUUGCCGGAGAGACUGAUGGGAAAACUGAUAUAUGCCAGAAGAACUUUCAAGCUUCUUCCCCCAGAAUGUUUUUCAACUUUUUCUUUUGGUACCACUUGCAUCUGCAUUUUACAGGCUGCAAUUUCAAAACUUUGCAAAAAGCAUCAGAUCCUGCCUAUCACUACUUAGGCUACUGUCACAGUCACCAAAAGCCACUAAACUGGGGUCAAGGCGUUGUGACUUAGCCAAGUCCUGUAAGUUGGGUGUAGAGUUAAAGAACAAGAACUCUGCCACUGGAAGAGAUUUCUUGGACAAACUGUAAACUGUAGCUAAGCAGCAACCACAUCCUGUUUUUCAGUCCUUUGAUUCUCUCCACAGUCCCUGUGAAACUCAAGAUUUCAUUUAUAUUCUGAGUGCAUGCAAGAAGACACCACCUAAUGUGUUUCCAGAUAGUGAUACCAUGGUGCAUUUUCAGUGCAAUUCUAUCUGGUUCUCUAGAUGUGAAAUGUACAUGAAGGAAGUGCUAUAAUCAUCCCGAGUUCAGAAUUACCCACAAACAGUUUUGGUAGACUACCAGAUGCCCAUACAGGCCAGAAGAAGGACUGCAGGAGAUACCACGCAGCUGUUAAGGAGGUGGUUAAGUUUGUAUCAGUUUUUGGCUGCUGCUAAUUCUGUGAUGCAAGCUAAAGAAAGAUACCUUGAGUUAACUCGUGAGUUUUGUGUUAAAAGUAUUUUAUCUGAUUUCAUGCUGUUUCUGGACACUUAGCCCAUCUCUGCAUUCAUUUUAGGUCUCUUGUGUUCUGUGUAGGUACAAAGGCAGUGGCAUUUUAAUGUCCUCUGUAGCAAUACAGAACCACAGGGAAUGAAGACAUUUCUCCCCACUUUGUCUUCCUCAGCUUACUGAGAUGUCUGCGUGGUAUUGGUAAGAAUGAUGGCCUUUAUAUAGCCUUGGUAGCUACAGAUAAUACCAGUCAUCUCCACUUAAAUCUAAGUGGAACUAAAACAUGCAGUUAUGUAGUAGAGACAUUGCUUGAUAAGCCAGUUUUAUUAACUUAAAAGGAUGGUGCCAAGAUCUUUACCAGUUUGUAACUGAACUAUUUACCAUCUGUAGAUGGUAUGCUAUGCAACUGUGACAUUUUUUUCCUUAAAAAAACCC